AUUCAUACACAAAUUUUGUUGUAUCUUUUUGUAAAGCUUUUGUCUUCUUGAAUCUUGAUAUUGUUGCCUUCUGCAUUUCUUCCUUUGCUGCCAGCAAUUUCGCGUCAAUAAUUGUCCUUAUCGCAGACCGAAUCCGUUUCGUUUGAUGGUUUUACAGCGAUUGCUUAUACCUUGAUUCGAUUUCUAGAAUCAAAGAUCGACGAUACUUUGUGUUAAUUUAUUGGUUCAAAACCAUAAAAAGUUAUUGCAGUUCUUAGUUGAAGUCCAAUUAUUUAAUUUUUCUGUUAAUAAGGAUGGUUUGCAGUAAGCCUGUUGGUGGUUCAUGAACUCCGAUCUGAAAAAUGUAUGGACGGAGCUUUGGUUUUGUGUCAGCUUCAGAUUAUAUAAAUUCUUAACGGUCAAACUGUAGCAAUACCUCUAGUGCUAAGCCAUGCUCGUUAGAUAUAUUUUCACGUGCAUGAUUCUGCUUUGAUUGUGUGCAUUAUGAGGAAUAAUGUCUGAAACUUAAUGACUCUAGAUUUAGUUCUGGGAGCUCUGUGCUUGAAUUGAUUCUUGAGAACAUAAAUAUCGUGCAGUUAUUUUUAUUAUCUCUCUACUCUUAUCACUAAUUGGUAGAUUGUGGUGAACUUGGUGGUGCUCUUUUAUGGUGAUUGUUAGGGAUUUUGAAUUAUUUGUUUCCAUGACUUACAUUGAGUUAUCAAUGACGGGUUGAGAGUUGAGUUCUCUGAUUAAUGCAGGGAUCAUCUUUUCUUGAGGUUUUCUAUCUUCUAUGCUUUUUGUUUGCUUUUCCGGUAAUUUUUGUGGUCCAAUGAUCAAUUCAGUGUCAUUUGGGAUCACCUGUUAAGUUCCUAGGUGAAGGAAAUAGUCAUCAUCCAAGCACAGGUCCCCCUAAUAUCAGUGUGAAGAUGUACAUGAUUCUUUUUUGGGUUAUAAAGCCACGCCCUUCCAACUGAAGCUUCUGCAAGUUGGCAUCUUACUAGAGCCAGAAGCUCUCUGUCAAGUAUCAUGUCCACGCCAAAUGAUGAAAAUUUAUCUGCUCAUGCCCAGAUUUCUUCUCAUGUUUUCAAUGACCUUCUUGAUUCGAUUAUUGUUGAUGUUGCGUCCGAGUGUCAUCGGAUAGCAAGGUUAGGUCUUGAUCAUUAUUUGGAAGAAGAGGAGGAAGAGUUGAAACUGUCAGCCGAAGCCCAAGCCAGAGCGACUGAUCCAAGUAAUAGUGGCGAAACAAAUGCCAAAUAUGUGGUUGAUAUAUUUGGACAAACCCAUCCUCCUGUUGCUAAUGAGGUAUUUGAGUGCAUGAACUGUGGGCGAGCCAUUAUGGCUGGAAGAUUUGCUCCUCAUUUGGAGAAAUGCAUGGGAAAGGGUAGAAAGGCCCGUCCGAAGACAACAAGAAGUAGCACAGCUGCACAGAACCGGUACUCACGAGGCAGCCCUGUCUCCACCUACUCCCCGUAUUCUAGUUCAACCAGCACGAACCGUUUACCAAAUGGAACACCCGGUGUUGCAGGUGAGCAUUACUCAAAUGGCACCUUGGAAGAGACAUGAGGGAAACUUGAAAAAGGACAGGCUGACAGAUACCACUUCAAAUCAAUCACCAAGAAAUCCAUGUUAUAGCAGCCUAGGAUGAAUGCUCUGUGAUCACAAUCUCUGGUGUUUAUUAUUAUUAUUAUUAUUAUUAUUGUUUAUUUAUUUUCCUUCC